UAACAAAGCAGCUCCAAAGGCGAUGCUCCUCCUUCUCGAGGGGAAUCGAACUGAAGCUUCCGCGACUUCUCGGGAAUCGGGACGACGAUCAGAGAGCCAUGGAACCCCCGGUGAGGGAUCGUCAGGGGCCGGACACGCGUGUCGGUGAACGGCGGUUGCUGAAUGAUAUAGAAGAAAUAGCUGCUUUGUACCGUGAUCUGAGCCAGUAUCCUUCGCUUUCCCAUGCUUGUAUUGGGCCUGAAGUAACAACUCAGUAUGGUGGCAAACAUUGCAAUAUUUAUACAGAGUGGUCACAGCGGGACUUGGAAAGAGCUGAAAAUGUGAAAUUCUGCCGUCAGUACCUCGUUUUCCAUGACAACCAGUCCGUCAUCUAUUCUGGCCCCUCAGGCAAUUGCACUGAAGUCAAAGGAGAACUGCUCAGUCGGGAUUCUCCAAGUGGAACUCAAAAAGCUGUUGUGCGAAAGAUGAACAAUAGCAAAGGCGAGGAAAAACAGUUCCUGGAGGUCUGGGAAAAGAACCGGAAGGUGAAGAGCAUCGAGUUGACAGCUCUAGAGAAGCAUGGCCAAGUAUAUGAUGAUGAUCAGUUUGGCUGUUUGGCCUGGUCACACUCAGAGACUCACCUUCUCUACGUGGCAGAAAAGAAGCGUCCCAAGACAGAGUCUUUCUUUAAGCCCAGAGCCCCUGAGCUGAACACUGAAGAAGAACUGGCCAAGACUGAACGAGACAAAGCAGUGAAGGGAGAGCAGUUUGUAUUUUAUGAAGACUGGGGGGAAACUCUGGUGGCUAAGAGUAUCCCUGUACUGUGUGUAUUGGACAUUGAGAGCAACAAUGUUUCCGUGCUAGAAGGUGUUCCAGAAUAUAUCUCACCUGGUCAGGCUUUCUGGACUCCAAAUGACACAGGAGUGGUAUUCACUGGCUGGUACCAUGAGCCUUUCCGUCUAGGCUUGAAGUACUGCAUCAAUCGCAGAUCAUCACUUUUCCAUGUCGAUCUGACAGGUGGUCAGUGUGAGCUGUUGUCAGAGGACAACAAAGCCAUUUGGUCUCCACGGUUGAGCCCAGACCAGUGUCGCAUCGUAUACCUGGAGAAUCAGGCUUCUGGACCUCAUCAGCAAUGCAGCCGUAUCUGCAUGUAUGAUUGGUACACAAAGCUCACUUCCGUGAUAGUCGAUAUUGUCCCGCGACAGAUCCAAGAUGGAUUUGCUGGAAUCUAUAGCACAGCACUGCCUGAGCAUUGUUGGGCAGCAGACAGCCAAAGAGUUGUGCUGGACACAACUCACCGCAGCAGGCAGGAGCUGAUUGUGGUGGAUAUGGCAUCAAAAAGUGUAUGUUCACUCACCAAAAGCUCUUCUCUUGGAAGCUGGGUGCUGCUCACCAUUGACAGAGAUCUGAUGGUGGCCAGAUUCUCCACUCCUAACUCUCCUCCUAUGCUUAUGGUAGCUUUUCUGCCUCCUGCAGGCAAGGAAGCAGACGUGAAUUGGGUAUGUCUAGAAGAAACUAGUCCAAUUCAAGGUAUUAGUUGGGAUGUCCAUAUUCUUCAACCUUCUGCAGAUCAAGACAAUCCCCAGUACAGAGGCCUAGAUUUUGAAGCCAUACUACUCAAGCCCACUCAGGUACCAGAGCAAAGCAAACUUCCGUUAGUGGUGUCACCACAUGGAGGCCCGCAUUCAGUGUUCACCACCACCUGGAUGCUAUAUCCAGCAGUGCUCUGCCGAAUGGGAUUUGCUGUGCUGUUGGUGAAUUACCGAGGAUCAUUGGGCUUUGGCCAGGAUAGUGUGGAUUCACUACCAGGAAAUGUGGGCUGCCAGGAUGUCAAAGAUGUGCAGUUCUGUGUAGAGCAAAUGCUACAGAAAGAACCUCUGGAUUCAAAGAGAGUAGCUUUGCUUGGAGGAUCUCAUGGAGGCUUCUUAUCUUGUCAUCUCAUUGGCCAAUACCCCGGCACAUAUAAAGCCUGUGUGACCAGGAAUCCUGUGGUCAAUAUGGCCGCCAUGAUUGGAAGCACGGAUAUCCCUGAUUGGUGCAUGACUGAGGUUGGGCUACCCUAUGACCAAGCUGCUCUCCCAGUUCCUGAACAAUGGGAAAAGAUGCUGCUUCAUUCACCUAUGCAGUUUGUUGACAAGGUUCAAGCACCAGUUCUCCUGUUGAUUGGAGAAGAAGACAGACGUGUUCCCCCCAAGCAAGGCUUGGAAUAUUACCGUGCACUUAGAUCCAGGGGUAUUCCAACCCGGAUGUUGCAGUAUCCAAGAGAUAACCAUGCACUAUCCAGUGUGGAGGCCGAGGCAGACGGUUUCAUGAAUAUUGCACUCUGGCUUCUCCAACACUUGAAAUAACAAUUACAGAAGCUUACACUUUUGGGUUGAGGCCAGCUAACAGAAAGUCAAGUCUCUUCAGUUUGAAAGAUCUUCUAGUAGCUGAUUGGUACUCUGAUCCCUAGUCUCCAAAGUCUGAACAGGCACAUAACAAUGUGGACAUCAUCCUCGAGGCCUCUCAAUUGUGCUAGAGAGAGAGGCUACACUGGCCAAAUACAUCAUUUUGCCAAAUUUAGCAUUUUAUCAAUAAUAUCACCAUUAUAACUAUGCAGAACGGUCAAGUACUGGAGCACUGAUAAAUAUUCUCAUUAGAUAGUAUUAGACACUCUGUAAUUUCAUUUAAAUGAUUGGCGCUAAACUGAAAAGAAUGAAUUUCAGAAAUCAAACAGAAUAUAUUCUUGGGAUAAUCUUAUUAAUUUCUAUCAAUUAAAUUAUUUAGUUUAAAUACUUAGAUUGGGAAUGACUGGAAUGCAGUAUUUUGAAGAAGUGAUGUAAAAUCAUUAACUUGAAAUUUAAAUAAUGAAAUUAUGUUUCACAAAAUUAAGUUUCUUGAUGGCUUGGAUUGGAAAAACUUGAUGUGGUGUAUGUGAAAAGAAUCUGGGUAUUGUUGACCACAAGUUAAACAAAGCCAGCAGUGUGAUGGAGCUACUAAAAAGGCAAAUGUUAUCUCAGUGUGUUAACAGGAACACAGUCCAGAUAAUAGGAAGUAACUGUUCCACUCUAUUCUGCAGAGUCCAGUUUGGAGCACCAUAUUUCAAAUAGCACAGUAAUGUAGAAGUAAGUUCAGAGGAGGGCUAAUAAGAUGGUGAAUGAACUGGAAAUCAUGUUUAGCCUACAGAGAUACAGCUAAGGGAAGAUAUAUGAACCAAGACAAAUUCCUUGUGUGUCCAAUCAAAAAACUUGGCCAAUUAAAAAAAAGUUCUAUUCUACAUGUUAGCAGUCAUUAGAUAUCUGAAGAGUUGUUUCAUAGAUCAGGGAAUUGAUUUAUACUGUUUCCCCAGAGGGCAUGAACAGAACCAAAGGUUAAAACUACAGUGAAGGAGGUUCAGGCUAGACACCAGGAAGAACUUCUUGAUUGUAUUACUUGUGAGCCAGUUGUAAGUUUUCCUUCACUAAUGUAUUCAAGCAGUAGUUGGAAGCUCAUCUAUCACACAUGCUAUGGUGGAUCCAAGACUCCGCGGAUUGGACUAGAUGACUUCUUUGGUCCCUUCCAAAACUGAAUCUGUUUGAUUCAUACAAGCUAUUAAAGUGAACUUAAAGUGAACUUUAAUAGCUGUAGCAAUAAGUCACAACAUAUUAAGGGUUGUCUAGGAAAGAAAAAUAAUUCACUACCAGACCAAAGAAUUACUGCCACUGCCGUCUGUGCACAAGUAUCUAGUAAUAAGCCUUUUUAACGGUU